AUGAAUGUAGCGGGAAGAGAAACCUCUAGUCCGAGCCGGCUGUCUUCAGGCAUCAUCGAGACCUAUGGAAAACCCCUGUCCUUCCAUCUCGGCCGCGAAAAGCCGUCGAAAACCAUCGAUAUCGGCAACAAUGGGAGUUCCGCUGCCUUGGAACCACUCGGGAGUAUUCUCCAGCUAAGCACCCAUCACCCGGACCACGGGAUCGUCCUAGCGUCGCCCUAUGCUCAGUUCGACGGCUCCAGGUUCUAUGAUCAACGGUACGUCCGAUCCUACCGGCGACACAUGCUAGACUCGGUCAGGGACGGCACCCCGGGUUUUGGGUUGCGCUUCAUUAGCCCCACAGAGCAAGUCGACAUCAACUUACGGACGGCGAAUCUGGCGACUGUGACUUUUCCUCUGGCGGAAGGCAUAUCCGUCGCGCUCUCGCUACGCGUAGAAUCCAGUGGCGAACUGGUGCAGUCAGCUGUUCUGUCAUCUGCAGCUACUUCAACCGUUAAAGUCGAGUACUCGCUUGGCCUAGGAAUCAGCGUUAACCGAGCAUCCUACGGCCAACUGACUGAAGGCGGGCCGAUUCCAAUUCCCCGAUCUGAGAACCGCUUCGCUGUCCACGGUAAUGGCGAGUUCUUCUCAGUGGUUAAUCCUCAUUUGGGCGCGCGCCUAGAAGGCUGCUUAGAGGCGAAUGGCGAAACUAUAAUGGUCGGGCACUUGCGGGACCAGGUGACGCAAGGCGUUCCGAUCACAUCCGAGGCUCAUGAUUGGAUAGAAUUAGAACCUGGAAUGGAACAGACUAUUGUUGCUCGCUUUCGGCUGUACCCUGAUGUCGAAAUCAGGGGCGACUUUAAGCCCCAUUUACACCACACUGGAAUCUCAGCAAACCACCAGCAUCUUUGGUUCGACGGUGCUACACUAGGAACCUUCAUCAUACGACGAAACUUGGAGUAUAUCCUAGGAUGCUUGGCUGUACCUGUGUCAGAACAUCAUGUCGCCUUAAUGACUGAUCAUGUGGCACUCCCCCUGGGCUGGAACAGGGACAAUUAUUGGCAAUUAUGGUUCAUACUCAAUGUGAGGCGAAACCUUACUUCGCUUGUACUUCCCGAAGCUGUUCAGGAGUACCGGAAAGCGAUUGAUCGAAUAUCUCAAGGCCAUCUAAUGUGGGUAUUCCGCAGGGCGCAUCGCCCUCAUGCAUUUUGGCACAGGUCGUAUCUCGUAGAUGGUAAACCGAAGGACGGCCCAACAUUUCAGCUGGAUCAGCAAUGCUAUCCCCUGCUGGAGCUCUGCGACUUCUAUGACAAUUAUCCCGAGAAGAUGGAGUUAGUGCAAAAGAUUCUGGCAGAGGGUGUGCUGACUGAAGUCUUGGAGUUACUGUGGUCGAAACAAGAUUCAUCGACGGGACUGUUUCCUACCGACGAGACACCUGGUGAUGACGAGGUGGAAUACCCUUUCCACUUCUCUAGUCAUGUUCUUCUUUGGUUCACACUAUCCCGAGUCGCCCAGUUGGUGCAAGAAGCUGGGCCUGUACCCAGUCUGAGCGUCUCUACACUACAGAAACGUGCGCAGGAGCUGAAAGCUGCUGUCCUUCAUCACUUUGUUGCACCAAGGCAAAGUGAUGGCCAGCCGAUCUUUGCCUACUUAUGCGAUGGCAACGGCAAUCACCGACUAUAUCACGAUGCAAACGAUAUGCCAACUCUUUUCGCCGUCAAGUGGGACUUUAUUGAGGCAGCCGGCGAACUAGGAGUAUGGAAGAAUACAAUGGACUGGGGGCUGUCCCCGGCCAACGACAGUGGCUAUUUCCAGGGUGGCCCAUUCGGCGGCUUGGGAAGCGUCCACACCCCCGAUCCAUGGGCCCUUGGUUAUUUUCAGGAGUUCAUGUACGCGCACAUGAUUGGAGAUCGCGAGGCACAGAGCAGUGCUUGGAGACGCAUUCGCGCCGUCAUGUUAUUCGACGGUUCGUUUCCAGAAGCUGUAGACGCCGAGACCGGUGUCAUUACUAGCAAGGCUUGGUUCAACUGGCCAGGAUGUAUGAUUGGGAGCGCUUUCAUCCCCGCCUUGAAGGAGAAGGAGCGUAUCGUCGUGAAUGAUGGGUGA